AUGGCAGUACCCAGCUUUUUGAAGGUUGAUCCCGCAAUUGAAAGAUGGAACCGUAUGCGUGAAGAUGCCUAUAAGCAUUUCAGAUUUACUCCACGGACAACGUGGGUUACGAUGUGUGGGUUCGUACUCGUGCCCGGAGCGAUAUGUUACAUGGCAAGCAAAACACACUUGAAAUGGAACUGGGCAGGCAAGCGAAAAGGGGAGGCAUUGGCACAGGCGUGA